AUGGUCUGGCCUGCUGGCUAUUGGCGGGUCUUUGAGCCGCUUGAGCGCAGAGUCAGAUCAGUAUCCCCAGAUGACAGAUCUUCCGACAGGCCAUCGAGCGUAGCUAGCGUCAACGAAGGUGAAGGCACGGGAGAUGAUCAGGAAGAGAACUCUGGCGAUGAAGAGGACGAAUGCGACAGCGACGAAGAAGAGUUGAGUGACCUUGACAGCAGUGAAGACUAUGACAGCGACUCCACCUAUGUGGACAGCGACUCGGAAGACAGCGAGGAUGGUGAAGUCGAGCGGCCGACGGCGAUUGUGAUUCUCCAAAUCCCAUCGCUCAAGCGCGAACAGCUCUCUGGCAAGAGAAAGUCUCGGACGGACGACGUCAACGACGACAGUGCGGCCGCUACGACGCGGGUACUGAAGAAGCAACGGAGGAGCAUAGAGUGCGCCAUUUGCUGCAGCGAUCUUAAGAUGGACAAAUUCCCGGUGCUUCGACAUGAAGGCUCUGUCGCCGACGAGCAGAGUGUCUGUUUUACGUGUUGGGAGAAGCACAUUUCCUCUACCCUUCUCGCCAAAGGUUGGGACGUCGUGAAGUGUCUCGAAUGCGAUAAAUUGCUGGACGAAGUAGAGAUCAAGAAGCUGGCGAGUGUUGAGACAUGGCUAGACAAAGCAGCGAAAGCGUACAGGGAAGGCGAUGAGGAGUUCCGCGCCUGUCCCUCCGCAUCCUGCAGUUGGGGCUGCUUCUUCUUCACCAACGAGGACGGCAACAUCUUUGCUUGCCAGCUGUGCAAGUACCGCUGGUGCGUGGUCUGCGAAGUCCCAAUGCACGAAGACCAGACCUGCUCCGCCUACCAGGCACGAGUUGCCAGAGAAGAGAAGGCGAGACGCGAGGAGCUGGCUGUACAGAACACGGCUUCCGAGAAACUGGUCGGUAAGAGUUCCAAGGCUUGUCCGGGCUGUACUGCGAGGAUCGAGAAGAUCAGUUGGUGCGACCAUGUGAGGUGCCGGCGAUGCCACCAUCAGUUCUGCUGGUUGUGUUUUGCGGCGUACGGUGGGAAAGGGGGCAUUCUUUCCGAAGGCAACAAGGCUCACGAGAAGUCUUGCAAGCACUAUGCAUAG